AUGAUGCGCUGGGUGUUUGUGCCGGUCGCGAAAAUGUGCGGGGUCAGGUCGAGGCGGGCCCUCAUUCGUUUCUCCGAGCAAGGGUGGUCGCUCGCUUAUUACACGUGUUCGUGGACGCUCGGGCUGUACAUCAACCAAACAAGCCCCUAUCGAAGCCUCAAUACGCUGCACUUCUGGAAGGGAUACCCGCACGAUGCGUUGCCGGCGUUGACGAAGUGGUAUUAUCUCGUCCAAACGGCUUUCUACAUCCAGCAAAUGAUCGUCAUCAACCUCGAGGCGCGGCGCAAGGAUUACUACCAGAUGUUCGCGCACCACAUCAUCACCUCGCUCCUCAUGAUGUUCAGCUACGUCCUCAACUGGACUCGGAUCGGCAACACGAUUCUCUGCACGAUGGACCUCGUCGACAUCUUCCUCCCGCUCGCCAAGCUGUUCAAGUACACGGGCAACCACAAAGCCUCGGACGCGACAUUCGCCAUCUUCCUCAUCUCGUGGAUCGUCACGCGGCACAUCAUCUUUGGCCGCAUCAUCUGGAGCGUCGUCGUCGAGGCGCAGACCGUCCUCGAGUACGACUGGCGGUCUGAAGACGGUUACUACUUCAGCCGCAACACGCAGAGGUGCUUCACGGCGCUCUUGCUGGCGUUGCAGCUGCUCAUCUGCCUCUGGCUCGCCAUGAUCCUGCGGGUCCUGUGGAACAUGUUCCUCGGUGCGUCGGCCGAGGACACACGGAGCGACGACGAGGACGAGGACGAGUACUCGAGCAGCAGCGACGGAGGCGACAAGGCAGGGCGGCGAUUGAACGGUGCGCACAGUGCGAAUGGCAAUGGGCUGCACCGAGUAGAGACGCGCAAGGAGCGGUAG